AUGUCAUCCGUCGCCGUGCCCGAGAAGACCCCCGAUGAGUCGUCCAAGUUGAAGACCUUCCUCUCUAUCCUGCGAAAAUUUGUGGGUGUGACAGAUAUUGCCUCGGUCCGUUUCUCGUUACCAGCCCAACUUUUGGAGCCGCGACCGAAUCUGGAAUACUGGAACUACCUUGACCGACCAGAGACUUUUGCGACUAUUGGCACAUCGGACGAUGAAUUGGGUCGGAUGCUCGAGGUGUUGAAGUUCUGGUUUACGAAGGACCUGAAAUAUAUCAAAGGAAAACCAUGCAAGCCAUAUAACUCAACCUUGGGAGAAUUUUUCCGAUGCAGCUGGGAUGUGGACAGCAUUGCUCCACAGGAAGCUAAUCUCCCGGGAGUCAACGUAAAUGGGAACGGAACUAUCGUCGAAGCUGGUAACGAGAAAGUCAAGGUGUGCUAUUUGACCGAGCAGACCUCUCAUCACCCACCGGUUUCGGCAUUCUACAUCGAUUGCCCCGAACGAGGUGUUUCGGCGCGAGGAUUCGACCAGCUCAGUGCCAAGUUCACCGGAACCAGUAUUCGUGUCAGCCCUGGACAGCACAACCUGGGUAUCUUUGUCAAUAUCGAGAAAAGGGACAACGAGGAGUACCAAUUGACACAUCCCCAUGCACACCUGGGCGGAUUGCUACGAGGUGCCCUGGCGAUCACAGUAUCGGACGCAUGUUAUAUCACUUGUCCCAAGACUGGCAUGAAAGCCAUCUUGCAAUAUCUUGAGGAAGGCUGGAUUGGUCGCUCACAGAACCGGCUAGAGGGAGUGGUGUUCCGGUACAACCCUGAGAAGGAUACGAUUACAAAGUUGAAGGAUGUGGCAGAAACCGAUGUCAUUGCCCGAAUCAGCGGGUCCUGGCACGGCAAGAUAUUCUACACUCCAGCGGGUGCCAAAGAGCCCAUUUUGCUCCUUGAUAUUGAGCCUCUCUUCCCUGCUACGAAGGACCUGCCCCCGGACGAGGAGCAACUUUCUAACGAGUCUCUGAAGUUCUGGGGCGAGGUCACCGAUGCCAUUGUCGGCAAACAGUUCACCCAGGCAACGAAACUGAAACAAGAGAUCGAAGAACGUCAACGACAACGAGCAGCAGAGCGCAAGGAGCAAGAUAUGGAGUGGCAACCACGCUUUUUUACCGGUGCAGUGACCCCACUGGGCAAGCCUGAGCUGACCGAGGAAGGUCAGAAGGUCUUGCAGGGUAUUCGAGAUGGGAAAUAUGCGCUAGAGGAAAGUACCAUAAAGGGUGCAUAG